UGCAGCUAUAGAACGUUUUGAGGAUCUGAGGGCCCAUGCCAAAUCUUUUCAACCUCCUGAGGAGGAAGAGGCGUUGUCGUGCCUUCUUCACAACUAUGCUGGUGUGAGAGGACAACUACAGCCACGUCGAUGUGGAUGGGGGCAUGCUCACACCCUCCGUAUCCUGUAGUCCACGUUCAGCUAAUUUGUCUUGCUGACAUUGAGGGAGAGGUUGUUGUCCUGGCACCACACUGCCAGGUCUCUGACCUCCUCUCUGUAGGCCAGGUCACUGCCAGGCUUUCAUUGUCAUCGGUAUCAUCAGGCCUACCACCGUUGUGUUGUCAGUAAACUUGAUGAUCAUGUUGGAGUCGUGCGCGGCCACGCAGUCCUGGGUGAGCAGGGCGUACAGGAAGGGACUAAGCACACACCCUUGAGGUGCCCCCGUGUUGAGGGUCAGCGUGGCAGAUGUGUUGUUGCCUACCCUCGCCACCUGGGGGGCGGCCCGUCAGGAAGUCCAGGAUCCAGUUGCAGAGGGAGGUGUUUAGUCCAGGGUCCCAAGCUUGGUGAUGAGCUUGGAAGCGACUAUGGUGUUAAAUGCUGAUCUGUAGUCAAUGAACAGCUUUUUCACGUAGAUAUUCCUCUUGUCCAGGUGGGAGAGAGCAGUGUGGAGUGCAAUAGAGAUUUCGUCAUCUGUGGAUCUGUUGAGGCGGUAUGCAAAUUGGAGUGGGUCUAGGGUGUCUGGGAUGAUGGUGUUGAUGUGUGCCGUGACCAGCCUUUCAAAGCAUUUCAUGGUUACAGAUGUGAGUGCUACGGGACGAUGGUCGUUUAGGCAGGUUACCUUUGAGUUAUUGGGAACAGGGACAAUGGUGGUCUGCUCAGGGACAAUGGUGGUCUGCUCAGGGACAAUGGUGGUCUGCUUGAAACAUGUAGGUAUUACAGACUGGGACAAGGAGAUGUUCAAAAUGUCCGUGAAGAACUCUUGCCAGCUGGUCAGCGCUCUGAGAACGUGCCCUGGAGAGCGAGAUCACACAGUUGUUUGGGACAGCAGGGGCUCUCACGCCUGGCUCAGUGUUGUUUGGCUCGACGUGAGCAUAGACGACAUUCAGUUCGUCUGGGAGGUUUGCGUCACCGGGCAACUCACGGCUGGGUUUCCGUAAUAGCCGGUGUAGUAGGAUUCUAUCUUAAUCCUAAAUGUACCUUUUCCAUGUUUGAUGGCUCGUCGGAAGUCGUAGCGGGCUUUCUUGUAAGCGUCCAUGUCUGUGUCCGGUUUCGUGAAAGCGGUAGCUCUAGCCUUUAGCCCAGCGCGGAUGCUGCCUGUAAUCCAUGGCUUCUGGUUGCGAAAUGUACAGUACCAGUCAAAACCACUACUAAAGGACACCAAUAAAAAGAAGAGACUUGCUUGGACCAAGAAACACGAGCAAUGGACAGUAGACCGGUGGAAAUCUGUCGUACGUACGGUCACUGUGGGGACGAUGUCAUCCAUGCACUUGUGUUUGAUGGGGUAAACUCCUCAAUGUUAUCGGAUGAAUCCCAGAACAUAUUCCAGUCUGUGCUAACGAAGCAGUCUUGUAACUUAGCGUCCUCUUCGUCAGACCACUUUCAUACUGAGCGCGUCACUGGUACUUCCUGUUUGAGUUUUCGCUUGUAACAAGGAAGAAGGAGGAUGGAGUCAUGGUCUGAUUUACAGAAGGGAGGGCGAGGGAGGGCCUUGUGUGCGUUUCAGUGGGUAGAGUAAAAGUGGUCCAGAGUGUUAGCGCCUCUAGUUUGUUUAUGGCCCUGUACAGCUCGUUGAGUGUCUGCUUUAGUGCCAUUAUCAUUUGUGGUGGAAUGUAGAUUGAUGAUUUCAGAGGAAAACUCUCUUGGUAGAUAAAAAGGUCUGCAAUUUACAAUGAGGUAUUCUAGUUCAGGUGAGCAAAAGGUCGAGACUUCCUUCACCACUUAAAGCAGCGCACUAGUUGUUGUUUACAAAGAGGCACACCCCUCCACCCUUUGGUUUUGCCCGAGUCCGCUGUCUGGUCACGACGGAGCAUGGAGAAACGCUGUCCGGUCACGACGGAGCAUGGAGAAACACUGUCCGGUCACGACGGAGCAUGGAGAAACGCUGUCCGGUCACGACGGAGCAUGGAGAAACGCUGUCCGGUCACGACGGAGCAUGGAGAAACGCUGUCCGGUCACGACGGAGCAUGGAGAUACGCUGUCCGGUCACGACGGAGCAUGGAGAAACGCUGUCCGGUCACGACGGAGCAUGGAGAAACAGCCCCGUCCCGUUGGUAGUGUUUAUAAUAAUAAUAAUAAUAUGCCAUUUAUCAGACGCUCUCGUUGGUAGUGUUUGUAUGUGUGUGGGUGGGCGUGUUGCACAGGGGAGUUGUGAGGAGACAGCCAACAGGGAGAGAGACCAGAGACUAGACGGGGAAACAAAAAUACUAAUGCCUAAGAGAAGAAGAAGAACUACUGUAGUAGUAUCUGUGUUAACGUCUGUUUUGGAGAGUAUCUGUGUUAACGUCUGUUUUGGAGAGUCUCUGUGUUCAUUGCUGUUUUGGAGAGUGUCUGUAUUCAUUGCUGUUUUGGAGAGUGUUUGUGUUAAUUUCUGCACUGUGUCUGACUAGUGUCCUGUCCAGGGGUACUUGUACAUCAAACUGCCUCACACUACAGAAUCAGGAGAUAGGCUCCUGCCCUAUGGGCCGUCAAACUGCCUCACACUACAGAAUCAGGAGAUAGGCUCCUGCCCUAUGGGCCGCCCAAGGCUGACUUACUUACUAUUGUGUCUGACUAGCGGGUUUCUUUCUAGCUGUAUAUCCCAUACUGAUAUUCUUAUCUCGCUCUGUGUUCCUCCAAGGUCUGAUCCGGUCCCGGGUGCGAGGGGCGGGAGCUGCCUCCGCCGCAAUCCUGACCUUCCUGGACAGCCACUGUGAAGUCAACACUGACUGGCUCCAGCCCAUGAUCCAGAGGGUCAAAGAGGUACACACACACACACACACACACACACACACACACACACACACCUCUCUCCCUCCCUCACUCACUCUCUCACUGCCCACCCCAAAACCUCUCACUGCCCACCCCAACACCACUCUCUCUCCCUCACCCCCACCCCAACACCUCUUCAAUUUAAGGGGGUUUUAUUGGCAUGGGAAACACAAGUUUACGUCGCCAAAGCAAGUGAAAUAGAUAAUAAACAAAAGUGAAAUAAACAAUAAAAAAUGAACAGUAAACGUUACACUCAGAAGUUACAAAAGAAUAAAGACAUUUCAAAUGUCAUAUGUCUAUAUACAGUGUUGUAACACAGUAUUUGUGAUGUGCAAAUAGUUAAUGUACAAAAGGGAAAAUAAAUAAACAUAAAAAUGGGUUGUAUUUAUAGUGGUGUUUGUUCUUCACUGGUUGCCCUUUUCUUGUGGCAACAGGUCACAAAUAUUGCUUCUGUGAUUGCGCACUGUGGUAUUUCACCCAAAAGAUAGGGGAGUUUAUCAAAAUUGGAUUUGUUUUUCGGAUUCUUUGUGGGUCUGUGUAAUCUCUCUAUAAAUCCCAUCAGAUUCUACACCACCAUAUCAACAUCAUUCUGCUCCCCCUCUGUCUUUCACAUCACUUCUCUGCUCUGGGGCUUCUGGGACUCAAUCAACUUACAUUAUCCCCCUUCACACCAGGGUUAACCAUGGUACAUUAUCCCCCUUCACACCAGGGUUAACCAUGGUACAUUAUCCUCCUUCACACCAGGGUUAACCAUGGUCCUCCUCUCUGCAGUCAGUCAAGCCUCUCUCUCUGGCAUCACAUCCCCCAGAGAGGAAUGGCUGGAGGAAUGUGACACAGGGUUCAGAAAAACAAACACGCUAACGACCUUAUGUCAGACAGAGCACUGUGACUGUCCCCUCUCCCCUUCCUGCCUCUUUGAAUACAGCGCUGUGCUGGGGCUCAAUGUGACAUUACACUGUGAUGACGGAAGGAAAACUAAGGAGAAAUGCAUAUAAUAAGAGGGAGGGAGGAGAGAGGGAGAGAGAGGAGAGGAGGGAGAGAGGGAGAGGGAGGGGAGAUGAGAGGGAGGGAAGGGAGGAGAUGAAGAGGGAGAGGGGGAGAGGGAGGAGAGAGGGAAGAAAGAGGGAAAAAGGGAAGAUCUCUCUGUUACUCUCUUUCUCUUUCGGGGAGGAGGAGGAGAGGUUCCAUCUUUCAUCUCUUUCUUUUCCCUCUUUUUCGCUCUUGAUCGUCUUUCUUUCUUUUCUUUAUCUCUUUAGACUCCUUUCUCCUCGUACUCUCUCUUUCCGAGAGCUCUAUAUGGUGCUUAUAUGUAGCUCUUUUCUCUUUCCUCUUUAGGUCGUUUCGGUCUCUCUCUUUCUCUUCGAGCUGGGAGGUUCUUCUUUGAUCCUUUCUUUUUUUCCUCUGUUUGAGGUCCUGUGUUUAGUAGCUCAAAGUAUUUUCAAUCGCAGUAUAAUGUUAGUUUCAUGUUUUAGAGUCGCUCUUCCAAAGCGUCUCAUCGGUGAUGCUGUUUUCACGUCUCUUCCUUUCCCCCUCCUUCCCCUACUCUUUUUCCAAAACGCUCUCCCUCUCCUUCCUCCCUCUCCUCUCCCUCCUCCUCUCCCUCCCUCUCCCUCCUCUCCCUCCUCUCCCCUCCUCUCUCUCCUCUCCUCUCCUCUCCUUCCCUCCCUAAACCCCUCUUCUCUCUUCCUUCCUCUCGUCUCCUCUCCUCUCCUUUUCCUCCCUCUUCCCCUUUUCCCCCUCUCCUCUUUUUGGGGGUUUUGCUUUUCUGCUCCCCAUUUCCCUCUCUUCUUAGCCCUUUCAACCGCCCGGGUUUCAUUCCAGUCAGGAGGAACACGUUGACUUCUCCUUGUUUUGAAGAGCAGAGGAUCAAAAAACCUAUAAAGAUUGUUCAGCUGACCUCUCCUCACUCUUUGCCGUCUCCCCUCAUCCUCUUCCUCUCCCCUCUCCUCUCCUCUCCUUCUCCUCAUCACUCUGCCCUCCUCCUUCAUCCUCUCCUCUCCUCUCCUCUCGUCCUCUCCUCUCCGUCUCUCUUCCGCCGGUCCUUUCCUCGACCCGUCUUCGGUCCCUCUCCCCUCUCUCCUCGCUCCUCCCUCUCCUCUCCUCCUCUGCACAUGACUGGCUGAACCAACACCACAGAGUUCACACUGGUUUCAAUCACUCUAUAAAAAGAACAAGCCUGCAUCCCAAAUGGUGCGCUAUUCCCUAUGGGACUAAAGUAGUGCACUAUAUAGGGAAUAGGGUGCCAUUCUCUGGUCUAAAGUAGUGCACUAUAUAGGGAAUAGGGUGCCAUUUGGGAUGCAGUCAGGGUUCUAAUUGGAAACAGUCUGUUUGACUUUCCCUUUGUAAAGCUAAUCCACCGUAAGAUACACACUGACUCACACACAUACACUCACAAACAAACACACACUCACAAACACACACUCACAAACACACACACACUCACUCACACACACACACUCAGAGUGAUCAUUAAAUAACCCUAUAAAAGAGUUAUUGUUUCAAGCUGUUGAGAGUGGCUCUUCCCAAAGCUCUCUGGCUGAGUGCUGUUUCAUGCUCUCCCCUCUUUUCCCCUCCUCUCCUCUCCUCUCCCCACCUCUCCUUCUCCUCUCCUCUCCACACUCACAAACACACACUCACACACACACACACUCACAAACACACACUUACACACACACACUCACACACACACACUCGCAAACACACUCGCAAACACACACUCACAAACACACACUCACAAACAAAUACACACACAAACAAGCACACACUCACAAACACACACACACACACACACAAAAAAUCACAAAAGCACACACUAAACAAAAACACACAACACUAAACAAACACACACUCACAAACACACUCACACUCACAAACACAAACACACACACACUCACAAACACACACUCACAAACACACACACACUCACACUCACAAACACAAACACACACUCAUAAAUAAUGGACGACACAGUGGGUCGUGGUGGAACCGAGUCCCUUUGCGGAGUUCAUUUUAUACCACAGUUGCCAAAGGAAACAAUACUAAAGCACACAUUAAUCGGUAGAAAUAAAACAUUUUCUUUAAUAUUUUUAUACGAGAAUUCAUACUUUCUCAUCUUUUGGUUGCUAGAGACGCGACCCAGUCGUUUGUUCGUUUAGUUCGAUAUUUACGGACACGACCCAGUCGUUUGUUCGUUUAGUUCGAUAUUUACGGACGCGACCCAGUCGUUUGUUCGUUUAGUUCGAUAUUUACGGACGCGACCCAGUCGUUUGUUCGUUUAGUUCGAUAUUUACGGACGCGACCCAGUCGUUUGUUUGUUUAGUUCGAUAUUUACGGACGUGACCCAGUCGUUUGUUCGUUUAGUUCGAUAUUUACGGACGCGACCCAGUCGUUUGUUCGUUUAGUUCGAUAUUUACGGACGCGACCCAGUCGUUUGUUCGUUUAGUUCGAUAUUUACGGACGCGACCCAGUCGUUUGUUCGUUUAGUUCGAUAUUUACGGACGCGACCCAGUCGUUUUUCGUUUAGGUUUUCGAUAUUCCCCCCAGUCGUUUGUUCGUUUAGUUCGAUAUUUACGGACGCGACCCAGUCGUUUGUUCGUUUAGUUCGAUAUUUACGGACGCGACCCAGUCGUUUGUUCGUUUAGUUCGAUAUUUACAGACACGACCCAGUCGUUUGUUCGUUUAGUUCGAUAUUUACGGACGCGACCCAGUCGUUUGUUCGUUUAGUUCGAUAUUUACGGACGCGACCCAGUCGUUUGUUCGUUUAGUUCGAUAUUUACGGACGCGACCCAGUCCUUCGUUCUCUAUGUUCCGUCGCUCAGCGUUCUUAGCCCUUGCUAGCUGCUAGCCAGCCAACUAGCUAGCAUUAUGGCUACACAGUCACGACCUUUGCAACCAGAAUAACAGAAACGUUUAUUUGCGUUGCGUUUGUUUAAGCCGUUUAUCCCACUUACACCACAGUUGUCAAAGAAAACAAUACUAAGCACAAAUUUACCGGUAUAAAUAAAAACAUCUUUAAUAUUUUCAUUUUUUUAUACGCAAAUUCCUGCGUUCUCAUCUUCUGGUUGGCACAGCCUGUGUUCUAGCAGUAUCGUCCCCAGUUCUCCUCUCCCCACCAGAGGUCAGGGUUCAACCCCCGCUCCUUCAUAUCGUUUCUCUCAUCUCCCCUCUAUGAUUGCACAAAUGUCCUAAAUAAAGUAAAACUGUAUCUAAUGGCAAAGGUGCAUAAGGACGUUCAGAUAUGACGUCAUCGUUUCAGCACUACUCACAGAGUUGUUAAACUACGGCGUGCGACAUGGUUCAGUGUGCCAGUAAAUCAGCACAGUCUACUUUUUAGUUUUCUCAAAUUGACUCCGUCUUGGAGCUAGAAUUGGGAUCAUGUAUACUGUGCUAAUGCUGAUACAAAAAGAGUAACGGAGAGCAAUGUACAAUACAGCAGACUUAGCAAACGAGGCGUUUGCGGGAAGGACAUGGGGACCGCCAUCUUUAUGCACCUUUGCCAUUAUGUGUGACCGUGCACUAUGUCCCUGUCUCUCUCUCCUCUUCCCAGGACCAUACCCGGGUGGUCAGCCCCAUCAUCGAUGUCAUCAGCCUGGAUAACUUCGCCUACUUGGCAGCUUCAGCCGACCUGAGGGGAGGUCAGUACUCAGAACAUAACCUCUAACGUGUGGGUACAAUCUUCAUAAUCCCCACCACGCACAGCAGUCACUUUCACUAGCCAUCUCAUAACCCCCACCACGCACAGCAGUCACUUUCACUAGCCAUCUCAUAACCCCCACCACGCACAGCAGUCACUUUCACUAGCCAUCUCAUAACCCCCACCACGCACAGCAUUCACUUUCACUAGACAUCUCAUAACCCCCACCACGCACAGCAGUCACUUUCACUAGCCAUCUCAUAAUCCCCACCACGCACAGCAGUCCCUUUCACUAGCCAUCUCAUAACCCCCACCAUGCACAGCAGUCACUUUCACUAGCCAUCUCAUAAUCCCCACCACGCACAGCAGUCACUUUCACUAGCCAUCUCAUAACCCCCACCACGCACAGCAUUCACUUUCACUAGCCAUCUGAUAACCCCCACCACGCACAGCAGUCACUUUCACUAGCCAUCUCAUAACCCCCACCACGCACAGCAGUCACUUUCACUAGCCAUCUCAUAACCCCCACCAUGCACAGCAGUCACUUUCACUAGCCAUCUCAUAAUCCCCACCACGCACAGCAGUCACUUUCACUAGCCAUCUCAUAACCCCCCCACCACGCACAGCAUUCACUUUCACUAGCCAUCUCAUAACCCCCACCACGCACAGCAGUCCCUUUCACUAGCCAUCUCAUAACCCCCACCACGCACAGCAGUCACUUUCACUACAUUUACAUUACAUUUUAGUCAUUUAGCAGACGCUCUUAUCCAGAGCGACUUACAGUUAGUGAAUACAUAUAUAUAUAUAUAUAUAUAUAUUUUUUUAUACUGGCCCCACGUGGGAAUCGAACCCACAACCCUGGCGUUGCAAACACCAUGCUCUAUCAACUGAGCUACAUCCCUGCCGGCCAUUCCCUCCCCUACACUGGACGACGCUGGGCCAAUUGUGCGCCGCCCAUGAGUCUCCCCGGUCGCGGCCGGCUGCGACAGAGCCUGGAUUCGAACCAGGAUCUCUAGUGACACAGUUAGCACUGCGAUGCAGUGCCUUAGACCACUGCGCCACUCAGGAGACACUGCGCCACUCAGGAGACAGUGCUAACUAGCCAUCUCAUAACCCCCACCACGCACAGCAGUCACUUUCACUAGCCAUCUCAUAACCCCCACCACGCACAGCAGUCACUUUCACUAGCCAUUUCAUAACCGCCAUCUCAUAACCCCCACCACGCACAGCAUUCACUUUCACUAGCCAUCUCAUAACCCCCACCACGCACAGCAGUCACUUUCACUAGCCAUCUCAUAACCCCCACCAUGCACAGCAGUCACUUUCACUAGACAUCUCAUAAUCCCCACCACGCACAGCAGUCACUUUCACUAGCCAUCUCAUAACCCCCACCACGCACAGCAUUCACUUUCACUAGCCAUCUCAUAACCCCCACCACGCACAGCAUUCACUUUCACUAGCCAUCUCAUAACCCCCACCACACACAGCAUUCACUUUCACUAGCCAUCUCAUAACCCCCACCACGCACAGCAUUCACUUUCACUAGCCACCUCAUAACCCCCACCACGCACAGCAUUCACUUUCACUAGCCAUCUCAUAACCCCCCACCACGCACAGCAUUCACUUUCACUAGCCAUCUCAUAACCCCCCACAACGCACAGCAUUCACUUUCACUAGCCAUCUCAUAACCCCCACCACGCACAGCAUUCACUUUCACUAGCCAUCUCAUAACCCCCCACCACGCACAGCAUUCACUUUCACUAGCCAUCUGAUAACCCCCACCACGCACAGCAGUCACUUUCACUAGCCAUCUCAUAACCCCCACCACGCACAGCAGUCACUUUCACUAGCCAUCUCAUAACCCCCACCAUGCACAGCAGUCACUUUCACUAGCCAUCUCAUAAUCCCCACCACGCACAGCAGUCACUUUCACUAGCCAUCUCAUAACCCCCACCACGCACAGCAUUCACUUUCACUAGCCAUCUCAUAACCCCCACCACGCACAGCAGUCACUUUCACUAGCCAUCUCAUAACCCCCACCACGCUCAGCAGUCACUUUCACUAGCCAUCUCAUAACCCCCACCACGCACAGCAUUCACUUUCACUAGCCAUCUGAUAACCCCCACCACGCACAGCAGUCACUUUCACUAGCCAUCUCAUAAUCCCCACCACGCACAGCAGUCACUUUCACUAGCCAUCUCAUAACCCCCACCACGCUCAGCAGUCCCUUUCACUAGCCAUCUCAUAACCCCCACCACGCUCAGCAGUCACUUUCACUAGCCAUCUCAUAACCCCCAUCACGCACAGCAUUCACUUUCACUAGCCACCUCAUAACCCCCACCACGCACAGCAGUCACUUUCACUAGCCAUCUCAUAACCCCCACCACGCUCAGCAGUCACUUUCACUAGCCACCUCAUAACCCCCACCACGCACAGCAUUCACUUUCACUAGCCAUCUCAUAACCCCCACCACAGCCAUCUCAUAACCCCCACCACGCACAGCAUUCACUUUCACUAGCCACCUCAUAACCCCCACCACGCACAGCAGUCCCAUUCACUAGCCAUCUCAUAACCCCCACCAUGCACAGCAGUCACUUUCACUAGCCAUCUCAUAGCCCCCACCACGCACAGAAUUCACUUUCACUAGCCAUCUCAUAACCCCCACCACGCAGAGCAGUCACUUUCAUUAGCCAUCUCAUAACCCCCACCACGCACAGCAUUCACUUUCACUAGCCAUCUCAUAACCCCCACCACGCACAGCAGUCACUUUCACUAGCCAUCUCAUAAUCCCCACCACGCACAGUAGUCACUUUCACUAGCCAUCUCAUAACCCCCACCACGCUCAGCAGUCCCUUUCACUAGUCAUCUCAUAACCCCCACCACGCUCAGCAGUCACUUUCACUAGCCAUCUCAUAACCCCCAUCACGCACAGCAUUCACUUUCACUAGCCAUCUCUGAACCCCCACCACGCACAGCAGUCACUUUCACUAGCCAUCUCAUAACCCCCACCACGCACAGCAUUCACUUUCACUAGCCAUCUCAUAACCCCCACCACGCUCAGCAGUCCCUUUCACUAGCCAUCUCAUAACCCCCACCACGCACAGCAUUCACUUUCACUAGCCAUCUCAUAACCCCCACCACGCUCAGCAGUCCCUUUCACUAGCCAUCUCAUAACCCCCACCACGCACAGCAUUCACUUUCACUAGCCAUCUCAUAACCCCCACCACGCUCAGCAGUCACUUUCACUAGCCAUCUCAUAACCCCCCACCACGCACAGCAGUCACUUUCACUAGCCAUCUCAUAACCCCCACCACUCACAGCAGUCACUUUCACUAGCCACCUCAUAACCCCCACCACGCACAGCAGUCACUUUCACUAGCCAUCUCAUAACCCCCACCACGCACAGCAUUCACUUUCACUAGCCAUCUCAUAACCCCCACCACGCACAGCAGUCACUUUCACUAGCCAUCUCAUAACCCCCACCACGCUCAGCAGUCAGUUUCACUAGCCAUCUCAUAACCCCCACCACGCACAGCAUUCACUUUCACUAGCCAUCUGAUAACCCCCACCACAGCCAUCUCAUAACCCCCACCACGCACAGCAGUCACUUUCACUAGCCAUCUCAUAACUUUUAUCUCUCUCUUUCUCUCAGGGUUUGACUGGAGUUUACACUUUAAAUGGGAGCAGAUUCCCAUCGAACAGAAGAUGUCCAGGAAUGAUCCCACUCUGCCUAUCAGGUAGUUAUAGUGUCUUCAGGUAUAUAUAUAUAUAUACAUGUUUUAACCACUCCUAUAAAAAUGGUAGAUUAUUAGAUACUCAACAAGAACGUCUGAUUUUAUUAUUACUGAAACAGGACCCAGGUGGUAAAUAUAAAGAUUCAGUCCAUUUAAAAAAAUUGGAGGCCCCUUACACUUCAGUGUUCUGACGCAAAAAUUCUAGCAAAAUGCAUAGCGCAUAGAAUUUAAAAAGGUAUUGUUGGAUAUUUUUCAUCCUAAUCAGACAGGUUUUUUACAUGGAAGAUACAUUGGAGAUAACAUAAAACAAGUACUGGAAACAAUAGAACACUAUGAAAAAUCUGGGAAACCAGGCCUGAUAUUCAUAGCAGACUUUGAAAAGGCUUUUGAUAAAGACUGGAAUUUAUAUAUAAAGUGCAUUUGGAGAGUAUUCAGACCCCUUCCAUUUUUCAAAAUGUUGUUAUGUUACAGCCUUAUUCUAAAAUGGAUUAAAUAAAAACAAAUCAAUCUACACACAGUACCCCAUAAUGACAAAGCGAAAACAGGUUUUUAGAAAUUUUUGCAAAUUUAUGACAAAUUAAAAACAGAAAUACCUUAUACAUAAGUAUUCAGACCCUUUGCUAUUGGACUCGAAAUUGAGCUCAGGUGCAUCCUGUUUCCGUUGAUCAUCCUUGAGAUGUUUCUACAACUUGAUUGGAGUCCACCUGUGGUAAAUUCAAUUGAUUGGACAUGAUUUGGAAAGGCACACACCUGUCUAUAUAAGGUUCCACAGUUGACAGUGCAUGUCAGAGAAAAACCAAGCCAUUAGGUCGAAGGAAUUGUCCGUAGAGCUCCGAGACAGGAUUGUGUCGAUUGUGUCGAGGCACAGAUCUGGGGAAGGGUACCAAAUUUUUUUUGCAGCAUUGAAGGUCUCCAAGAACACAGUGGCCUCCAUCAUUCUUAAAUGUAAGAAGCUUGUAACCACCAACACUGGCCGCCCGGCCAAACUCAGCAAUCGGGUUCCUCUGAGUUCCUCUGUGGAGAUGCUAGAACCUUCCAGAAGGACAAUCAUCUCUGCAGCACUUCACCUAUCAGGCCUUUAUGGUAGAGUGGCCAGACGGAAGCCACUCAUCAGUAAAAGGCACAUGACAGCCCGCUUGGAGUUUGCCAAAAGGCACCUAAAGAACUCUCAGACCAUGAGAAACUAGAUUCUCUGGUCUGAUGAAACCCAGAUUGAACUCUUUGGCCUGAAUACCAAGUGUCUGGAUGACGUCUGGAGGAAACCUGGCACCAUCCCUACGGUGAAGCAUGGUGGUGGCAGCAUCAUGCUGUGGGGAUGUUUUUCAGCGGCAGGGACUGGGAAACUAGUCAGGAUUGAUGGAAAGAUGAACGGAGCAAAGUACAGAGAGAUCCUUGAUGAAAACCUGCUCCAGAGCGCUCAGGACCUCAGACUGGGGCGAAGGUUCACUUUCCAACAGGACAACGACCCUAAGCACACAGCCAAGACAACACAGGAGUGGCUUUGGGACAAGUCUCUGAAUGUCCUUGAGUAGCCCAGUGAGAGCCCGGACUUGAAGCCGAUCUAACAUCUCUGGAGAGACCUGAAAAUAGCUGUGCAGCAAUGCUCCCAAUCCAAACUGAUAGAGCUUGAGAAGAUCUGCAGAGAAUAAUGGGAGGAACUUCCCAAAUACAGGUGUGCCAAGCUUGUGGCGUCAUACCCAAGAAGACUCGAGGCUGUAAUCGCUGCCAGAAGUGCUUCAACAAAGUACUGAGUAAAGGGUCUGAAUAUUUAUGUAAAUGUGAUAUUUCAGGUUUUUAUUUGUAAUACAUUUGCAAAAAAUUAUAAAAACCUGUUUUUACUUUGUCAUUAUGGGGUAUUGUGUGUAGAGUUAUGAGAAAAGAAAUGUUUACAUACAUUUUAGAAUAAGGCUGUAAUGUUACAAAAUGUGGAAAUAAUCAAGGGGUUUGAAUACUUACUGAAUGCAAUUUCCGAAUGCCUGGAAUAUUUCAAUUUGGAGAAUUUCUUAUACAAUGGGUUAAAGUGAUGUAUAGUAACCCCAGGUGUAAAAUUGUAAAUAAUGGAUACUUCUCAGAAAGUAUUAAACUGUCAAGAGGAGUAAAACAAGGUUGUCCACUAUCGGCAUAUCUAUUUAUUAUGGCCAUCAAUAAUAAUAUAUAAUAAUAUGCCAUUUAGCAGACACUUUUAUCCAAAGCGACUUACAGUCAUGCGUGCAUAAAUUUUUGUGUAUGGGUGGUCCCGGGGAUCGAACCCACUACCUUGGCGUAACAAGCGCCGUGCUCUACCAGCUGAGCUACAGAGGACCACAAAAUGUUAGCUAUUAAAAUCUGAUCCAACAAUAAUAUCAAGGGAUUAGAAAUCCAGGGCUUAAAAAUAAAGGUGUCAUUGUACGCUGAUGAUUAAUGUUUUCUUUUAAAUCCACAACUUGAAUCCCUCCACAGCCUCAUAGAGGAUCUAGAUACAUUUUCUAACCUCUCUGGAUUACAACCAAAUUGGAUCACUAAAAAAUAAAAAUUUUACAUUACCAUGUAGUUUACCAAUAAAAUCGUCUGACGGUGAUGUGGACAUACUCGGUAUUCAUAUACCUAAAUAAAUAAAUGAUCUCACUACAAUAAAUGUUAAUAGAAAGUUAGCAAAAUAGGAUAAGAUCUUGCUACCAUGGAUCUUGCUAUUUGUGGAAAAAUCACCCUGAUUAACUCUUUGGUAUUAUCCCAGUUUGUUUAUGGUCUUGCCUACGCCUAGCGAACAGUUUUUUAAAUUAUAUGAGAAAAAAAUAUUCCAUUUUAUUUGUUAUACUUAAAUCCGAACUGGUUCUCUAGUAGAUUAGUAAGAAUGGCUCACCCCAUGUUGAAGAAUGGCCUUUUUCCCUUUAUUCAGAUUACAACCUCUCACUUUCGGUUAUUUGAAAAUGAAAUAAUCUCAAAAAUAUAGCUAUUUUUAAAACAAGCCAUAGAAAGUUGGUUGCAAUUUCAGUUUAAUCCACCAGAAAAGACAGAACAAAUAUUACAACAAAUAUUAUGGUUAAAUUCAAAUAUACUAAUUUAUAUAUUUUUUUUAACAGUUUUGGAGCAGAAAAAUAAAAACGGUAUAAUCUUUGUAAAUUAUAUCAUAAAUAGGACUGGUGGAGUUACAGUACCAGUCAAACGUUUUAGAACACCUACUCAUUCCAGGGUUUUUCUUUAUUUUUACAAUUUUCUACAUUGUAGAAUAAUAGUGAAGGCAUCAAAACUAUGAAAUAACACAUAUGGAAUCAUGUAGUAACCAAAAAAGUGUUAAACAAAUCAAAAUAUAUUUUAUAUUUUGAGAUUCUCCGCCCUUUAACCUUGAUGACAGCUUUGCACACUCUGGUAGUGUAUGUCACGCAUGCAGCUAACAAAAAUAUAUGGAAAUGUAUACUCUACCCAAAAUUACAACCAACUAAUUGCAGCAUUUCCGCAAAAAUGGAAGAGGCAAGUGGAAGGGGGAGAAAGUAAGGAACUUGUCUGUCGGCCCGGCAUUUAAGACCAAAAUUGGUUAAAGAAAAUUGUGAUAAAUAAAAAAGUAUACCAGUUUCAUUUAAGGACCAAAGGAAUGACAGCCGUCCCAUAUAGAUUGCAAAAUAGUUGGGAAGACAUUUUCGAUGUACCGAUUCCAUGGCACAUGGUUUAUGAACUGAUACACAAAACAAUGCCGGAGAGUUUUUCAAUUCAAGUUAUUAUACAAAAUUCUUGCAACCAAUAGAAUGUAUAUGUGGGAUGCAACAAUCCCAUAUCUGCGGAUUUUGCUGUGAAGAACCAGAAUCAUUAGAUCAUUUGUUUUGGUACUGUCCAUAUGUAGCUUGUUUUUGGUCACAGAUUCAGCAAUGGCUGGAGAAUUGAAACAUUUACCUGGAGUUAACUCUGCAAAUAGCACUGCUGGAUGAUCUGAAAAGUAAAUCGAUCAAUAAUAUAAUACUCUUAAAUUGUUAUCUUUAAUUUACAAUCUGUAGAAACUAUGAGAAUAGAAAGGUUCAGAAAUGUUGUGAAACAUCACCGCACAGUUGAAAAAUAACCUGGAUGGUGUUCGGAGAUAGAUGGGAGGGGUUGAGGGGAGCAGAAGGGUGGGACUAAAAAUAAAAAACAAAAUAUAACCAAUGUAAAAUAUACUGUGUCUGUAAAAUGUACAUAGUAUGUAUAAGCUGGAAGUAGAAGCUUAUGUGUUGUUGUCCAUUAGUUUACUCCAAUUAGGGGAGGGGUGGUAGGAUUAGGGGAAAAUAAUAAAGGAAAGUAUAUUUAAAAGAAUAUAUAUAUAUGGGGGAUCGGAAAUGAUGCAGACAAUUACAUUGAUAGAAGCCACAAUCUAUCUGCAAUAUUAAAGCUGAUCUACCCCCUAAAAAAAAAAGAUUUAAAAAAAAGGGGUACCUAGUCAGAUGUACAACUGAAUGCAUUCAACCAAAAUGUGUCUUCCGCAUUUAACCCCACCCCUCUGAAUCAGAGAGCUGGCUGCCCUAAUCCACGUCAUCGGCGCCCGGGGAGCGGUUGAUGUUGGGGGUUAACUGCCUUGCUCGAGGGCAGAAAGAUUUUUCCAACUUGCUGGCUCUGGGAUUCGAACCAGCAACCUUUCGGUUACUGGCCUAACGCUUUAAACCCCCCAAAAUGGUGGUAACGAAUAACAUUAGAUGGAAAUAUAAAAUAUAUAUAUAAUUGAUAUAUAAUAUAUUGUGGGAUUGAUCCUUAUGAAGCCUUGUGUUCUAUUGGUGUGUUAAGUCACUUUUGAACUGUAAUCUCUGUGUCUGCGUCUGUCUGGUUCUUGUAUAAAGCCUGUUGUCUCUGUGCUGUCCUGUAACGUCGUCCUUGUGUCUGUCUUGUGUGUGUACCUCUGUGUUACAUGUUGCUCAAUAUGUGUGUCUGUCAUUAGAGUCUGUCCUUGUGUGAUCUGUCUGUCUGUCCUCUGUGUGUUGCUGUCUGUCCUCUGUGUGUCUGUCUGUCUGUCCUCUGUGGUCUGUUGGCUCUUGUGUCUGUCGUCCUGUUGUCUUAUGUUGUCCUCUGUGUGUCUGUCUACUGUCUGUCCUCUGUGGUGUCUGUCUGUCUGUCCUCUGUGUGUCUGUCUGACUGUCUGUCCUCUGUGUGUCUGUCUGUCUGUCCUCUGUGUGUCUGUCUGACUGUCUGUCCUCUGUGUGUCUGUCUGUCUGUCCUGUGUGUCUGUCUGUCUGUCUGUCUGUCUCUCUUGUCUGUCUGUCUGUCUGUCCUCUGUCUGUUGUUCUGUUGUCUGUGCUGUCCUCUGUGUGUCUGUCUGUCGCUGUCCUCUGUGUGUCUGUCUGUCUGUCUCUGUGUGUCUGUCUGUCUGUCCUCUGUGUGUCUGUCUGUCUGUCCUCUGUGUGUCUGUCUGUCUGUCUGUCCUCUGUGUGUCUGUCUGUCUGUCUGUCCUCUGUGUGUCUGUCUGUCUGUCCUCUGUGUGUCUGUCUGUCUGUCCUCUGUGUGUCUGUCUGUCCUGUCUCUGUGUGUCUGUCUGACUGUCUGUCCUCUGUGUGUCUGUCUGUCUGUCUGUCCUCUGUGUGUCUGUCUUGUCCUCUGUGUGUCUGUCUGUCUGUCCUCUGUGUGUCUGACUGUCUGUCCUCUGUGUGUCUGUCUGUCCUCUGUCUGUCUGUCCUCUGUCUGUCUGUCUGUCCUCUGUGUGUCUGUCUGUCUGUCCUCUGUGUGUCUGUCUGUCCUCUGUGUGUCUGUCUGUCUGUCCUCUGUGUGUCUGUCUGUCUGUCUGUCCUCUGUGUGUCUGUCUGUCUGUCCUCUGUGUGUCUGUCUGACUGUCUGUCCUCUGUGUGUCUGUCUGUCUGUCUGUCCCUCUGUGUAUCUGUCUGUCUGUCCUCUGUGUGUCUGUCUGACUGUCUGUCCUCUGUGUGUCUGUCUGACUGUCUGUCCUCUGUGUGUCUGUCUGUCUGUCCUCUGUGUGUCUGUCUGUCUGUCUGUCCUCUGUGUGUCUGUGUGUCUGUCUGUCUGUCCUCUGUGUAUCUGUCUGGCUGUCCUCUGUGUGUCUGUCUGACUGUCUGUCCUCUGUGUGUCUGUCUGUCUGUCUGUCCUCUGUGUAUCUGUCUGUCUGUCCUCUGUGUGUCUGUCUGACUGUCUGUCCUCUGUGUGUCUGUCUGACUGUCUGUCCUCUGUGUGUCUGUCUGUCUGUCUGUCCUCUGUGUGUCUGUCUGUCUGUCUGUCCUCUGUGUGUCUGUCUGUCUGUCUGUCCUCUGUGUGUCUGUCUGUCUGUCUGUCUGUCCUCUGUGUGUCUGACUGUCUGUCCUCUGUGUGUCUGUCUGUCUGUCUGUCCUCUGUGUGUCUGUCUGUCUGUCCUCUGUGUGUCUGUCUGACUGUCUGUCCUCUGUGUGUCUGUCUGACUGUCUGUCCUCUGUGUGUCUGUCUGUCUGUCUGUCCUCUGUGUGUCUGUCUGUCUGUCUGUCCUCUGUCUGUCUGACUGUCUGUCCUCUGUGUGUCUGUCUGUCUGUCCUCUGCUAUAGAACUCCAGUGAUUGCAGGAGGGAUCUUUGUGAUGGACAAGAGCUGGUUUAACCACCUGGGGCAAUACGACACUCACAUGGACAUCUGGGGCGGAGAGAACUUUGGUGAGUUCACUGAGUGGGUGUGACUUUGUUUAAUUCACUGAGAUGAGUCUCUGUCCCAUCUGAUUAGAUAUCUAGGGAGAACAAAAUGUCCAGAUGUACGUUCUUCUCAUUUUAGAGAUGACUGUGAGCUACUGACAGACUGUUACGCUAUGGUUCAACCCAGCACUCAGAGAAACAAACACGACUAAGGGAGUGGAGGAAACAAAAAUAUUUUUAAUAAAAGUUCAAUUUGUCAUAGUCCAAAAAACAACUGAAGAAAAAGGAACAGAGUGGGCUAGUCGGCUCCGGAGGAAGGAGAGGCUGAGGCAGGCAGGCAGGCAGGCAGGCACGAAGGCAGGCAGGCAGGGAGGUAUGUCUGAACUGAAGAAAAAACAAACGACAGGUUAAGGAGAGUAAAAAGCCAGGCUGAAGACUAAGAUAAUAUAACUUUACUGGUGAGCCAAGUUACCGCUCUAGUAAGAACAACGAUCUGGCGCCGGUGGAGAGCCAUGCCCAGGAAUAAGUAGUGCAGGUUGAUGAGAGAAUAGGAUGCAGCUGCGUAGGCAGGAAUCACUGGAAACAACCCGCAGCUGCACAGGAGAGGCAGAUCCUGAGCACGCCCCCUGAUCCACUCCAGACACACCCACAUAAAGGGGACAAACACACAUACAGAUACAACAGACAAAGAGGGGACAAAACAAGGAGGAAGGGAAACAGAAAAGGGAGAGACAAGCUGCCCACAUAACACAGACAGACAGAUAGAGAGACAGGAAGUCUGGUAUAUACCGGAGGAUAUACAGUAGGACUAGGGCAGUCACGGUGACCGUAUUACCGCCACACCGACGAUCACGAGUCAUGACGGCAGUCAAAUUCCACGUGCCCAUUUAGUCACGGUAAUUAGGCUUCUCCAAGAUCUGAUGCUGCUGAUGGUCAUUAGUAUCCUACCAAACCUGCUAACUGCCUGGUACUCAGCACUCUAUUGUCCCUCUAAUCACUCUGACAUCAAUGCAAAUGGAAUCGAAAAUCUAAUCAAACACUUCAUGAGAGUCCAUGAGCUCAUGUUGCGCAACAUUUCUACAGGCUAUGGAAUUACGUGAGAAAACAGAGUUUUGAUGGCCUCUAUUAAAAAGAGGAGGAUCCCAUCAGCUUUCUAUAGGCUAGGCCUACUAUAUUUAUUUCUCAACUUUCCUAAUAUUAAGCACAUUGCUUCGCUUCACAACAGGAGUAUAGCCUACCUGGCUGGCAUGAAAAUGAAUCCCGGGAAAAGCGUCCUCCAUUUGCUAUUUAAGUGCAUAGAUGACAUGUAUAUAUAUUUUUUUUCAUGUCCUUGUUCCGAGACAGGUGCAUGAAAAUGGUACAUUCUAAAUCAAAACUAAUUUCCCACAUAUAUUAUUUAGUAUAUGUAAAGACAAUUGCUUUUAUAAUAAUAAUAAUAAUAUGCCAUUUAGCAGACGCUUUUAUCCAAAGCGACUUACAGUCAUGCGUGCAUACAUUAUUUUUAUUUUUUUUGUGUAUGGGUGGUCCCGGGGAUCGAACCCACUACCUUGGCGUUACAAGCGCCGUGCUCUACCUUAAGUUGUUUUGAUGCUAGUGGUUGUAUUAAUUUGGGAUCUAUCGCAUCCACAACUGUCUCAGAGUACGUUUGGAAUAUUUAUUUAUUUCACAGAAGGACAAGUUCACCAAUAGAAUGGGUCAACUUUUGUACAAUGGGGGAUACUAGAUUGCCAUAGGCUAGUGCUUUUGCGGUUCGUUAGGCCUACUCAUCUUGUUGGCUGACUAAAAGUAGGCUAAAUAUGGACGUCCGCAGUUGAUGUGUCUGUCUUCAUUCACUUGUAGCCUACUUCUUAGCUGAAAUGCCUGUGAGAAGGACCCGAUCACAUAACGCGCAUUGGCUAAUAAUAAUUGAGAUAUCUUAGAGAGCCAUGUGAGUGAGAGGUGCUUCGGAGCAUGGCAGCUGGGAGAAGGGAAUUCUACAGUGGCUUGCGAAAGUAUUCACCCUUUUUGCCUUACAUCCUGGAAUUAAAAUUGAUUUUUGGGAGGUUUGUAUCAUUUGAUUUACACAGCACGCCUACCACAUUGAAGAUGCAAAUAAAAAAAUUUGUGAAACAAACAAGAAAAAAAAAAAAAAAAACUGAACUUGAGCGUGCAUAGCUAUUCACCCCCCUAAAGUCAAUACUUUGUAGAGCCACCUUUUGCAGCAAUUACAGCUGCAAGUCUCUUGGGGUAUGUCUCUAUAAGCUUGGCACAUCUAGCCACUGGGAUUUUUGCCCAUUCUUCAAGGCAAAACUGCUCCAGCUCCUUCAAGUUGGAUGGGUUCCGCUAGUGUACAGCAAUCUUUAAGUCAUACCACAGAUUCUCAAUUGGAUUGAGGUCUGGGCUUUGACUAGGCCAUUCCAAGACAUUUAAAAGUUUCCCCUUAAACCACUCGAGUGUUGCUUUAGCAGUAUGCUUAGGGUCAUUGUCCUUCUGGAAGGUGAACCUCCGUCCCAGUCUCAAACCUCAAGAAUUUCCCUGUGCCAUCCAUCAUUCCUUCAAUUCUGACCAGUUUCCCAGUCCCUGCCGAUGGAAAAACAUCCCCACAGCAUGAUGCUGGGAUAUUUUUUUAUAACCCAACCCUGAUCUGUACUUCUCCACAACUUUGUCCCGGACCUGUUUGGAGAGCUCCUUGGUCUUCAUGGUGCCGCUUGCUUGGUGGUGCCCCUUGCUUAGUGGUCUCUAGGGCCUUUCAGAACAGGUGUAUAUAUACUGAGAUCAUGUGACACUUAAAUUGCACACAGGUGGACUUUAUUUAACAAAUGAUGUGACUUCUAAAGGUAAUUGGUUGCACCAGAUCUUAUUUAGGGGCUUCAUAGCAAAGGGGGUGAAUACAUAUGCACCCACCACUUUUCCGUUAUAUAUAUUUUUUGAAUUCUUUGAAACAAGUUAUUUUUUUCAUUCCCACUUCACCAAUUUGGACUAUUUUGUGUAUGUCCAUUACAUGAAAUCCAAAUAAAAAUCCAUUUAAAUUACAGGUUGUUGUCAAUGGGUGCUGAAGGUGGGUGUGGUGUAUGAAUCAGGCGCAGGACGCAGAGGCUCAGUCCAAAAGACUUUAGUGCAAUAUUCACGAAAAGAAAUAAGCACAAUAAGCCCGAAGGCGAAAACACGGCGCACACAGGCGUCAAAUAAACGGCGCACUAACAUGUGCAAAAAGAACCUCUCCAAAACACUGGAGAGAAAUAAGUAGCUCCAACACGAAACAGAAGAGCAAUCACACACAAAGACAAACACAACCAACGAGAACUAAAUAGGACACUAACGAGGACUAACAAGACACAGGUGUACAACAUCAAGACAAAACCAAACGAACAUGAAACAUAGAUCGGUGGCAGCUAGUACUCCGGGGACGACGACCGCCGAAGCCUGCCCGAACCAGGAGGAGGAGCAGCCUCGGCCGAAACCGUGACAGUUGUAAUGCAACAAAAUAGGGAAAACACCAAGGGGGAUGAAUACUUUUGCAAGGCACUGUAUUUUUUUAGUGAUCCAAUUGACAUUUUAGUCAUUUAGCAGACGCUCUUAUCCAGAGCGACUUACAAUUAGUGAGUGCAUACAUUUUUCAUACUGGCCCUCAGUGGGAAUCGAACCCACAACCCUGGCGUUUCAAGCGCCAUGCUCUACCAACUGAGCUACAGGGGGACCAAUGUAAUUAUUCUAUUCAUCCACUUUGGCCGCAAAAGGGAUUUUUUUAGGGGGCAUGGUGUGAGAAUAUCAUCAAGUGCUUGUCAAAUUGAGAAUGAGUGACUGAUGAAGUGUGUACAACAAGAAACAAAGCAGAGCUCAUGCCUUUCAUGUGACUUUUUUCCAAUCAUCAUUAGUCUCAUCAUGAAUGUAUUAAAAAUCAAAACAUACAACCCAACAUUUGUAUCACAACUAAAGUUGCAUAAAUACGUCUAAAUUAAGCAUAUAGCAAGACCAGUUUCUUUGUUAACCGCUCAACACAGAAUAGCCGCAUGUGCACACUUCCUUUGAAAUCAUUUGCAGAAAAUAUCCUUUCUAUUUUAUUCAGCUUUGUUCAAUUGUAUUCUUCAUACUAUAAAAUAAUUUUAAAAAUAAUGCCACGGAAUUCUAAGCAAAUCUUAUCUGCUAAAUUAACUAGUGUAGCCCACAGCCAUAUGGCAUAGCCAUAUCAGGACUGAACAUAAGGACAACUCAGAGUAUGCUAUUCUGUUCUUCUGAAAUAGACUACAUUUUCUUCAUAUCAUGUUUCUUUAGACCUGUCUAAAAUAAAUAAUGGAUUUAUUGUGAAGGUGUAAGCUAUAUUACAUGGAUUUAUUAGACUUUUUUUAUGUAGAUGUUCCAAAGGUCUGCAUCAGUGGCUUGUAGGCUAUGAGUGGAAGACAGGAGAUGCUAAAUGUGUUUAUGUUCAUUAACGGUCAAUUACCGUGAGACCGGCAGUUAUUUCAAUUUUCAAUCAAUUUUAUUUUAUAUAGCCCUUCUUACAUCAGCUAAUAUCUCGAAGUGCUGUACAGAAACCCAGCCUAAAACCCCAAACAGCUAGUAAUGCAGGUGUAGAAGCACGGUGGCUAGGAAAAACUCCCUAGAAAGGCCAAAACCUAGGAAGAAACCUAGAGAGGAACCAGGCUAUGAGGGGUGGCCAGUCCUCUUCUGGCUGUGCCGGGUGAAGAUUAUAACAGAACCAUGCCAAGAUGUUCAAAAAUGUUCAUAAGUGACAAGCAUGGUCAAAUAAUAAUCAGGAAUAAUUCUCAGUUGGCUUUUCAUAGCCGAUCAUUAAGAGUUGAAAACAGCAGGUCUGGGACAGGUAGGGGUUCCAUAACCGCAGGCAGAACAGUUGAAACUGGAAUAGCAGCAAGGCCAGGCGGACUGGGGACAGCAAGGAGUCACCACUUGCUUGACAAUCACCGGAUGACAGAAUUUCAGGACCGCCACGGCCCUUAGGUAGGACCUCAGAGAUACCAACACAUUGGUUUUUGUGGCAUGCAGACCUGAGUUUUGCUUGAGAAAUUGCUUCAAAUACAGAUGUGCGAUCUUAAUUUGACCAGACCUAGGCUGUCAGUAACCCAAUCUUGCUACAUCAGGAUUAAAAUGGGAGAUCAUCAUGCCCUUUAUUUGAAUGUAAAUUCUAUCAUUUGUAUUCUGAAAUACGUCUGUUGGAGCUUGUCUGGCUUAAUAAAAGUCUGGUGGCACGUUAGAACUGAACAAGCUGUCUAUGGGUGCCUGGACAGUAGCGUCUCACACUAAGUCUGGUCUUCCAACAGAACUAGUUGUCUUGAUCUGCAUUAGCCUAACCUCUCAUUGGCAGAGUUCCCCUGCUACAGAUGACCACGUACUCCAUCUGGUACACAUCAAUCACAAGAAGAUAGGGAGGUUUUAAAGGGUUAUUAAUGUGUUAAUGGUCUCUCUCUCUGUGUGUGUGUGUCCUGUGUAUAAUCUCCUAUAAAUAUAACACAUAUCCUGUCUGUGUCUGUCUGUCUGUCUGUCUGUCUGUCUGUCUGUCUGUCCUGGUGUCACUCUUCAGAGCAGUCGUUCAGGGUGGAUGUGUGUCGGCAGACCAGACUGUGUAUGUGUGUGUGUUCAAACAGGUUUUUAGAAAUUUUAGCAAAUGUAUUAAAAAUAAAAGUCUGAAAAAUCAAAUUUACAUAAGUAUUCAGACCAUUUACUCAGUACUUUGUUGAAGCACAUUUGGUAGCGUUUACAGCCUCAAGUCUUCUUGGGUAUGACACUACAAGCUUGGCACACCUGUAUUUGGGGAGUUCUGUGCAGAUCCUCUCAAGCUCUGUCAGGUUGGAUGGGGAGCGUCGCUGCACAGCUAUUUUCAGGUCUCUCCAGAGAUGUUAGAUCGGGUUCAAGUCCGGGUUCUGGCUGAGCCACUCAAGGACAUUCAGAGACUUGUCCCGAAGCCACUCCUGCAUUGUCUUGGCUGUGUGCUUAGGGUCGUGCUUCAUCGUAGGGAUGGUGCCAGGUUUCCUCCAGACGUGGCGCUUGGCAUUCAGGCCAAAGAGUUCAAUCUUGGUUUCAUCAAACCAGAAAAUCUUGUUUCUCAUGGUUUGAGAGUCCUUUAGGUGCCUUUUGGCAAACUCCAUCUGGCCACUCUACCAUAAAGGCCUGAUUGGUGGAGUGCUGCAGAGAUGGUUGUCCUUCUGGAAGGUUCUCCCAUCUCCACAGAGGAGCUCUGUCAGAGUGACCAUCGGGUUCUUGGUCACCUCCCUGACCAAGGCCCUUCUCCCCCCAUUGCUCAGUUUGGCCGGGCGGCCAGCUCUAGGAAGAGUCUUGGUGGUUUCAAACAUCUUCCAUUUAAGAAUGAUGGAGGCCACUGUGUUCUUGGGGACCUUCAAUGCCACAGAAAUGUUUUGGUACCCUUCCCCAGAUCUGUGCCUCAACACAUUCCUGUCUCUACGGACAAUUCCUUCGACCUAAUGGCUUGGUUUUUGCUCUGACAUGCAUUGUCAACUGUGGGACCAUAUAUCGACAGGUGUGUGCCUUUCCAAAUCCGGUCCAAUCAAUUGAAUUUACCAAAGGUGUACUCCAAUCAAGUUGUAGAAAUAUCUCAAGGAUUAUCAAAGGAAACAGGAUGCACCUGAGCUCAAUUUUGAGUCUCAUAGCAAACGGUCUGAACACUUAUGUAAAUAAGGUAUUUCCGUUUUUUUUUUUUUUAAAACCAGUUUUUCGCUUUGUCAUUAUGGGGUAUUGUGUGUAGAUUGAUGAGGGGGAAAAAUUAUUUAAUUCAAUUUAAAAUAAGGCUGUAACAUAACUAAAUGUGGAAAAAGGCAAGGGGUCUGAAUACUUUCCGAAUGCACUGUAACCACUGUGUCCCUCUCUCCUCAGAGCUGUCGUUCAGGGUGUGGAUGUGUGGCGGGAGCCUGGAGAUUCUGCCCUGCAGCAGGGUGGGGCACGUCUUCAGGAAACGUCACCCCUACGACUUCCCAGAGGGCAAUGCUCUCACAUACAUCAAGUGAGUGGGCUGGGCUACACUCUGUUAUGACAGACAGAGCAGCCGUUCUCAAUCCUCUCCUCGGGAACCCCCAGCCGUUCUCAAACCUCUCCUCAGGGACCCCCAGCCGUUCUCAAACCUCUCCUCAGGGACCCCCAGCCGUUCUCAAACCUCUCCUCAGGGACCCCCAGCCGUUCCCAAACCUCUCCUCGGGAACCCCCAGCCGUUCCCAAACCUCUCCUCGGGAACCCCCAGCCGUUCUCAAACCUCUCCUCAGGGACCCCCAGCCGUUCUCAAACCUCUCCUCAGGGACCCCCAGAAGUUCUCAAACCUCUCCUCAGGGACCCCCAGCCGUUCUCAAACCUCUCAUCGGGGACCCCCAACGUCUGAGGUCCCAGAGGAGAGGUGUGAAAUGUCUGGGGGUCCCAGAGGAGAGGUUUGAAAAGGCUGGACUAGAGAGCCAGACACUAGCCAUACCUUCCUCUGUACUGUCUACCUUCCUCUGUACUGUCUACCUUCCUCUGUACUGUCUACCUUCCUCUGUUCUGUCUACCUUCCUCUGUACUGUCUACCUUCCUCUGUUCUGUCUACCUUCCUCUGUUCUGUCUACCUUCCUCUGUACUGUCUACCUUCCUCUGUACUGUCUACCUUCCUCUGUUCUGUCUACCUUCCUCUGUACUGUCUACCUUCCUCUGUACUGUCUACCUUCCUCUGUACUGUCUACCUUCCUCUGUACUGUCUACCUUCCUCUGUACUGUCUACCUUCCUCUGUACUGUCUACCUUCCUCUGUACUGUCUACCUUCCUCUGUACCGUCCUGUCAACCUUCCUCUGUACUGUCUACCUUCCUCUGUACUGUAGGAAUGCACAAUGCUGCUGUGUUAUUAUCCUACCUGACCAGGUGUGUGUGUGUGUGUGUGUGUGUGUGUGUGUGUGUCGUCAGGAACACGCGUCGAGCAGCAGAGGUGUGGAUGGAUGAGUUUAAACAGUACUACUACUUAGCAAGGCCCUCAGCGCAGGGCAAGGCCUUUGGCAGCAUUGCAGACCGUCUGACUCUGAGACGCAAACUGAGCUGCAAGUCCUUCCGUUGGUAUAUGGAGAACGUGUACCCUGAGCUAAGGUAAGAGGAGAGAGCCUCUCUCUACUGGCUACCCAGACAGUUUCCCUGUAUAACACUCUAUCAUUCAUAUUCAGAUUCACGUUUAUUGCCCUACAAGAGGAAAGACUUUGUACAGCUCACACAUCACAACAUCUAGAAAACACAACACCUAGAGAACACAACACCUAGAAAACACAACACCUAGAAAACACAACAUCUAGAAAACACAACAUCUAGAAAACACAACAUCUAGAAAACACAUCUAAAAAACACAGCAGGAAACUAACACUAGUAAGAGUCUGACAUAACACCAGCCCCCCCCCCAACACCUGCCCCCCCAACACCUGCCCCCUCCCAACACCUGCAACACCUGCCCCCUCCCAACACCUGCCCCCUCCCAACACCUGCCCCCCAACACCUGCCCCCCCAACACCUGCCCCCCCAACACCUGCCCCCCCAACACCUGCCCCCCAACACCUGCCCCCCAACCACCUGCCCCCCUCCCAACACCUGCCCCCCCAACACCUGCCCCCUCCCAACACCUGCCCCCUCCCAACACCUGCCCCCUCCCAACACCUGCCCCCCAACACCUGCCCCCUCCCAACACCUGCCCCCCCCAACACCUGCCCCCCAACACCUGCCCCCCAACACCUGCCCCCUCCCAACACCUGCCCCCUCCCAACACCUGCGCCCCAACACCUGCCCCCUCAAGACCUGCCCCCUCCCAACACCUGCCCCCUCCCAACACCUGCCCUCCCAACAUCUGCCCCCCCAACACCUGCCCUCCCAACAUCUGCCCCCCCAACACCUGCCCUCCCAACACCUGCGCCCCACAACACCUGCCCCCUCAAACCUGCCCCCCAACACCUGCCCCCUCCCAACACCCUGCGCCCCCAACACCUGCCCCCCUCAAGACCUUGCCCCCCAACACCUGCCCCUCCCAACACCUGCCCCCACAUCUGCCCCCCCAAAACCUGCCCUCCCAACAUCUGCCCCCCCAACACCUGCCCUCCCCAACACCUGCCCUCCCAACCACCUGCCCCCCCCAACACCUGCCCCUCCCAAAACCUGCCCCUCCCAACACCUGCCCUCACCACACCUGCCCCCCAACACCGCCCCCCCCCAAACACUGCCCCCUCCCAACACUGCCCCCCAACACCUGCCCCCAACACCUGCCCCCCCACACCAUGCCCCCUCCCCAACACCUGCCCCUCCCAACACCUGCCCCUCCCAACACCUGCCCCCCAACACCUGCCCCCUCCCAACACCUGCCCC